AUACUCCACUCCAGUCCCCGCGCUGCAUCCUUCCGCUUCCUCUCGCUCCCUCUGCUCUCUCGCGGUCGCAGUCUCGCAGAUCCCGAUCGCGCAAGGAGCCAGCGUAGAGGGUGAUCGACGAUGGCGGGCAGCACGCGCGCAGCGCACAAGGCGUUCCUGCUCUGCAACUACACGCUGCUGGGUGCAGCAUCGGCGUGCAUCUUCCUCACGCUCUCGCUCCGCCUCGCCCCGUCCGCGUGCGGCCUGCUCCUCGUCUUCCUCCACGCGCUCACCGCUGUCUUCGCCGCCGCGGGCUGCUCGGGCUCCUUCACCGACGGCGGCGCCGGGGCCGGCCGCGCGCACGCCGCGCACACAGCGGGGGCCGUGCUCACCGCCAUCUUCCAGGGCGCCGCCGCGCUGCUCGCCUUCACCCGGACCGCCGACUUCCUAGCCGAGCUGCGGUCCUACGUCCGGGAGGAGGACGGCGAGGUCAUUCUCAAGCUCAUCGGCGGGCUCGGCACCGCCAUCUUCGUGCUCGAGUGGGCCGCGCUAGCGCUCGCAUUCGCGCUCCGGCUUGACGAUGAUGGCAACGAGGAGAUUGACGGUGAGCACUGCAAGAGCUGGGCGUCAGCGUACCAUGUCUGAUUCUGCUCUGUUCAGACACCGGAGACGCGAGAGAUACAGGCACACAAACCAGAAAUUGGGGGGGGGGGGGAUUUUCUCUUCUAUUAUUUACAGCUGUGGAUCUAUUCCGCUGUUGUUACUUGUUACUGUGGUCAUGAACCGAAGUGCAAAGGCAAAUGUUUUGCUUUGCAAUGUAUUCAAUUCAUCUCUUAGAAAUUGCAAUAAAGUACAUUCAGUGAGCCGU